UAGAAAAAAUAUUCUUCUCUUUAAUCAUAUUUGCAUCUUCAUAUAUUUGAAAUUGUUUUACAUACUAAGAUCAUAAAAUUAAUUUAAAAUACAUUAAAAAACUAAAAAGUAAGAACCCGGCGCGUAGCGCCGGAAUACAACUAGUUUAAAAUAAUGUCCAUCAAUUUAACGAAUUAUAUAUAGUUUGUGGGUCAUGAAACAUAUGCAUCAAUCUCUAAAAAGGCUUUAACUAAAUGAGAUCCAUACCAAAAGAAAAAAAUAAAAACAAGAUCAACUAAACGCGUUUCGUUGAAUAAUAUAACGAAAAAAUUGGGCCAAAAUUGACCGUCACAAAAAUUUCUGAUUACCUUACCUCAGCACUAAGUUUCCUUCUCCUUUUCUGCUUGCAGAUCUUUGGGUACACACACACACAUACUUAAUUGCCGACCUCAGAAAGGAAAACACUUUGUGAACCAUAAGAUAUAUAGAGAGAGACGACAAGCAACAAGCAACACAAGUUCACAUCUUUCCUUUCUCUCUUUCCCUAAGAGUCUUUCAUUACAUUAUCUCUUUCUCUUUUUCUAACCUCUCAUUUAACAACAAAGCAAAAAAAAAAAAACAGUCUUUCAUCAUCUUCUUCUUCUGGGGAGAGAGAGAGAGCGAAAGAGCGCUAACAAUGGCGAACUUGGUCUUAUCCGAAUGUGGCAUAAGACCUCUCCCCAGAAUCUACACCACACCCAGAUCCACUUUCCUCUCCAACACCACCUUCAAACUCAAACCAUCACCUGCGUUUCGUCUGAAUGGGUUCUCCACUAAGAACUGGGCGUUGAAUGUCACCACGCCUCUAACAGUUGACUCAUCUCCUCCAACCUCAGAAGAACACGAAACGCAGAGGUUCGACCCAGGCGCCCCUCCUCCGUUCAACUUAGCUGAUAUCAGAGCAGCUAUUCCUAAGCAUUGUUGGGUGAAGAACCCAUGGAAGUCUAUGAGUUAUGUUGUGAGAGAUGUUGCCAUUGUGUUUGCAUUGGCUGCUGGAGCUGCUUACCUCAACAGCUGGCUUGUUUGGCCUCUCUAUUGGCUUGCUCAAGGAACCAUGUUCUGGGCUCUCUUUGUUCUUGGCCAUGACUGUGGACAUGGUAGCUUCUCAAAUGAUCCAAGGUUAAACAGUGUGGUUGGUCACCUUCUUCAUUCCUCAAUCCUGGUCCCGUACCAUGGCUGGAGAAUUAGCCACAGGACUCACCACCAGAACCAUGGACAUGUUGAGAACGAUGAAUCAUGGCAUCCUAUGUCUGAGAAAAUCUUCAAGACUUUGGAUAAACCAACUCGGUUCUUUAGAUUUACACUGCCUCUCGUGAUGCUCGCGUACCCUUUCUACUUGUGGGCACGAAGUCCGGGGAAGAAGGGUUCUCAUUACCAUCCGGACAGCGACUUGUUCCUCCCUAAAGAGAAGAAUGAUGUUCUUACUUCUACUGCUUGUUGGACUGCAAUGGCUGCUUUGCUUGUCUGUCUCAACUUUGUGAUGGGUCCAAUGCAAAUGCUCAAACUCUAUGGAAUUCCUUACUGGAUAAAUGUAAUGUGGUUGGACUUUGUGACUUACCUGCAUCACCAUGGUCAUGAAGAUAAGCUCCCUUGGUACCGUGGGAAGGAAUGGAGUUACUUGAGAGGAGGACUUACAACAUUGGAUCGUGACUACGGAGUGAUCAAUAACAUUCAUCACGACAUUGGAACUCAUGUGAUACAUCAUCUUUUCCCACAGAUCCCACAUUAUCAUCUAGUAGAAGCAACAGAAGCAGCUAAACCAGUAUUAGGGAAGUAUUACAGGGAGCCUAAUAAGUCUGGACCUUUGCCAUUACAUUUACUUGGAAUCUUAGCAAAAAGCAUGAAAGAAGAUCAUUAUGUGAGCGACGAAGGAGAUGUUGUAUACUAUAAAGCAGAUCCUAAUCUAUAUGGAGAGGUCAAAGUUUAAGUAACAGCAGACUGAAAUGAAGCAAGCAGCGAGAGACAGAGAAGCUGUGAACUUCAUCUAUCUCUGACCAGCUGAUUUUUUUGCUUAUUAAUGUCAAUUUAUUGUGUUACUAGUUACUACCAUCAGAGAGCUAGCAUCUCUGAAUACCAUUCAGAUGGAAACGACAACUUUGUUUUCAGUACUGAAGCUAUAUAUAUAUAUAUAUAUAUACAUUGCAUUUUCUUA